AAAGUAGCCCUAGAUACUAUCCAAGGAAUCUAGAUAUUUCUACUCUCUAUAGGCUGCAAGUAAUAUUGGCCGUCCACGUGCCUGCAUGGAUGGAGUGUGGUACGAGGAAUCCAUUGUCCCAUUGCAGUGGGGUGUUACAAUUGGUGCUGUGGCAGCGAGGCAGGCAGCAGGCCAGGGUUUACGCGGUCGACCAGGCGGAGGCAGCACAGCAACCAGGUACAAUGUCCGGGAUGAUCGUUCUUAAUGACGUUCCUGUAUUCGCUUUAUUCGAUACUGGAGCAACGCACACCUUCAUCUCCCGACGGUGUCUCGACGCCAUCGGAGUUCAUGCAGUCACCGCUGUCGAUCCUCUCGAGGUCAGUUUAGCCUCGGGUCGAAAGAUGGUGACCUCAGCCAAAGCUACAGACCUUAGCCUUUCCAUCGGUGGCCGAGUAUUGACCGCCGACGCAUUCGUUCUCGAGAUGAAGGAUUUCGAUUUUAUUCUCGGGAUGGAUUGGCUUUCUUUCUAUCAUGCUGAUAUCAGGUGCCAUGACCGGGAGAUUACCCUUUAUCUUCCGGGAGACUUCGGCUCCAAGAACCGUUCAUUGCCUCAGGUUGUAUCGAUGGCGAAAGCCACUAAGUUAUUGCGACGAGGCAACUGCCAGGGUUACCUGGUAAGCCUUGUUGAGGAUUCCCAGAGAGCGCAGACACCUCAUGAUGUUCCUAUCGUCCGCGAGUUCGUUGACGUCUUCCCCGACGAGCUUCCAGGAGGACCGCCCAAUCGUCAGGUGGAGUUUUCCAUUGAUCUUAUUCCAGGAGCAGGUCCAGUAUCUAAAGCCCCAUAUCGCAUGGCACCUAAAGAGUUGCAAGAGCUUAAGACUCAGAUCCAGGAGCUUUUUCGACUCGGUUUUAUCCGACCGAGUGUGUCACCGUGGGGAGCACCCGUUCUUUUUGUUAAGAAGAAGGACGGAUCUAUGCGAAUGUGUAUCGACUACCGGGAUCUCAACCGGUUGACGAUUAAGAAUAAGUACCCGCUUUCCAGGAUCGACGACUUAUUCGACCAGUUGAGGGGAGCCUGUGUAUUUUCGAAGAUCGAUUUACAGUCAGGCUACCACCAACUGAAGAUUAAGGAGUCAGACAUCGCUAAGACCGCUUUCAGGACUCGUUACGGCCAUUACGAGUUU